AUGGCUUUGUCAAGAGAUGAUAAAAAUCAAUCCGUCAUAGCGAAUAAAUUGAAAAGAAUUGAUAAUGAUGUCAAGAAAUUAAGUACUGUCAAUCAAGAGUUGAUUUAUUUUACUUUGGAAAAUAUUAAAACAAGUAUGAAGAUUGAAGAAAAUGGUUAUGGUUUGAUUACAAUUGGACAGAAUAUUGUAAUGAAUUGGUUGAAGAAAUAUGAAAUUCCUAAUCUUGUUAAGAGUAAGAAUAAUUUCAACAGCAAACCAAUUGAGUUACAGGACAGAAGUGGCAAUAUCUUGGUACCUCUUCAUUUUGAAAAUGGAAGUAAUAGAAAGAACUUCAGAGAUGUGUCACAGGAUUUUCGAAAUAGUAUACCUUUUCAAAUAGACGCCAACAUGGAACAAACAAUGCCAAUUGUGGCUCAAACUACUCGAAAUAUUGUAAUAGUCAAAGAAGAUAAAAAGAAAAAUCUUUUUGAGAAAAUGUUUGGUGAAUAUUGCCCAAUUUUUUUAAGGACUAGUAAAAAAUAUUACAAUUAUGAUAGUAUUGAACAUAAACGUUUACAAAUUGAGCUGGCUGUUCGAAAAUUCUUGGAGCAGGAUGGGAAAUUCUUCCCAAAGAGAGUCUAUAAUCCGGGAAACAAAGAAAUUCAUUGGUUAGUUCGACCAUUCCAUUGGGAGAAUGAAAUACAAUAUGAUGAUAUUGUUUCUGAAGCCAUAGACAGUGAUGGCGAGUGGAAACCCCGUCAUUCUGGUAUACAAAUUGCUCCAAGAAAACAUUUUUUUAGAGCUUGGUUGAAUCGAAAAUGGGAAUGGGAUAUUGUAAGAGACUUCAUAUUCCAAGAUUUGGCACCUCGCCCUCUAAAUGAAGAAACCGAAAUAUAUCAUGACGCCACUGAGCAUUUGCCCAAUAGAUCACAGGAAAAUGAUCAGCACAAUAAAUCUAUAAAUGAAAUGACAGAAAGUGAAUUAUUGCAUAUUCUAGACGCCGAAGAUUUUGGAGAAUUCAAUUCUAGGAAUUCCAGUUUGAUAGAAGAUGUUUUCAACAGUUUGAUAAGUAUCUGUAAGUCACCAAAAAAGGCAAAAACAAAGCCAUUAAAUCGUUCAAGCCCAGGAUCAUUUAAACAUCGCAUGGUGAGUCUCCCAAGGCGCCAUUUUUCCCAGUAG